CGUGAAAGCUGACGUUUCGUAAAAUUUCAAGGGGCACGUCGACCAAUCGGAAGUGUCGACGAAAUUUACGCACAGAAAUAUCACUGACGUGUCCACGGAAAGGAGACUGCUUCAAGAGUUUAUGAUUAUUCUCAGUUUGUACAAGAACAUUACUUGGAAAACAAUAGUGCUUAGAGAAUUAUAUUGAUUCCGGUAAUUUGUAAAGCAACGAAAUUAUGGCAGCAGUGUUAAAUACGUUUGUGAACUCUUUCCAUAAGAAAUUGGAACCUCCUGUUAGACAACAUUUGAAAAAUGUCUAUGGAUGUCUGUCCAUGUCAACAUUAUCAGCUGCUGCAGGAGUUUACAUUCACAUGUUCUCAGAGCUUUUACAAGCUAAUUUCCUAACAACUCUUGGUACAUUGGGUCUUCUCUUUGCCUUAGUCAGCACACCAGACAAUGGAAAAAAUCAAAAAUUACGUCUUAGCUAUCUUCUGGGAUUUGCAUUCUUCUCUGGACUUGGCCUGGGUCCAUUACUUCAAUUAGUUAUGAAUGUUAAUCCAAGUAUUAUAGUAACUGCUUUGAUAGGAACAACUAUUAUAUUUGUAUCAUUCAGUAUUUCUUCUCUUUUGGCUGAAAGAGGACGUUGGUUGUAUCUUGGUGGUACCUUAAUUAGCUUGCUAAAUAUUAUGGUUUUAUUUUCAUUCGUCAAUCUCUUUUUACGUUGGUCUCUAUUUUACCAAGCCCAUUUAUACAUUGGUCUAUUUUUGAUGUGUGGUUUUGUUAUUUAUGAUACACAAUUAAUCAUUGAAAAAUUCCAUAUUGGUAGCAAAGAUUUCAUCCUACACUCUUUAGAUCUAUUCGUAGAUUUCAUCGGUAUUUUCCGCUACCUCGUCAUAAUUCUUACACAAAAGGAAAUGUCAAAAGAUCAACGUAAACGCAGAGAUUAAAUGAAAGUAAAGAAAGCUGUAAAAUAUCAUACCAUUCAAGUAAAUCCAUAAACUAGAGGUCUUCAUCUUAUCUAUCCAUAUGUAAGCCGUAUAUGUACCAUGAUAAAAUGAAUUUAAACAAUACAGCUUAUUAUUCGGAAAAUUUUUAGGCAUGCGUUAACUGUAAAAACGCAAUGUAUUUAUUUCGAAUUACUUAGUUAUCAUUUCUUUUUUCAAUUAUCUAUUAGAUUUAUAUACAUGUAUACAUAAAUAGAUAUAAAUUUAUUGUACUAUAUUUUUAUCUUUCAAUAAACAAAAUUUCCCAGCG